CCAAACAUUUUCCUUAUUUUUAAGUAAAGCAACUCCCCCAUAAGGGGAUAAAAGGAGGACAGACCCAAAGGGCAAGGCCAGUUGUUAAGAGAAGUAGAACAGUUGUCCCAUUUAGCUCUCUACUCCAAUGGCUAAAUACACAUCCCAAAUGGACUUGACAACCAAAAACACUCCCGACAAACAAAACGACGACGAAUCUAUAUUACUUCCAGGUUUACCCGACCACCUCUCUCAGCUUUGCCUCUCCUCUCUCCAACCUUCCCUCCUCUUCUCCGUCCGCCGCUCGUGGCGGCGCCUUCUCUUUUCCCCUUCUUUCCCCCCUUUCUUCUCUCUCUACACCCUUCUCUCAUCACCAUCAUCAUCCAACUCCAUUGACUUCUUCUCUCUACACCCUUUCACAUUAUCUUGGCACCGCCUCCCUCCUCCGCCGCCGUCUGACCCACCUCUCCGCCUCCUCCACCGCCACCCUUCCUUCAUAUCCCGCAACCUUCCAAUCCAAUCCCUCACCGUCUCCAACAACCGCCUCCUCCUCAUCGCCGCCACCAACCACCACUUCCUCCCCGCUCUCCCCCGCCCUUUAGUCUUCGACCCGCUCUCCACCACCGCCAACAACCACCACUGGUUCUCCGGCCCGCCACUCCCCGCUCCCCGCCGGUGGUGCGCCGCCGGCUCCGUCGGCAGCGCAGUCUACGUGGCGAGCGGGGUCGGAUCGCAUUACCAGGGUGACGUGGCGCGGUCAGUGGAGAAAUGGGAAAUGGGUAACACGGACGUAGCGCCGAAAUGGGAGAAAGUGGCGGCGUUGAGAGAUGGUAGAUUUAGUAGAGAAGCUGUUGAAGCAGUUGGAUAUAGAGGGAAGCUUUACAUGGUGAAUGUGAAAGGAAAUGCUAUUAAACAAGGUGCUGUUUAUGAUGUGGCGGGGGACCGGUGGGAGGAGAUGCCGGAGGGGAUGUUGGCUGGGUGGAAUGGGCCGGUGGCGGCGGCGGAGGAGGAGGAGAUGUACGUGGUGGAUGAGGGGAAGGGUGUGCUGAGAAAGUAUGAUUGUGGUGGUGAUAGGUGGGAAGAGGUGGUGGACUUGAAGGAGGAGUUGAAGGGUGCCGAGCAGAUAGCGGCUGGGAGGGGCAGAGUUUGUGUGGUUUCCUGUAAUGGUAGUCGGAUCGUAGUGGUGGAUGUGGUGGCGAAGCCUCCGAGAACUUGGGUUGUGAAUCCACCGCCGGAGAUGGAGGUGGUUGCUGUUCAUAUCUUGCCGAGGAUGAGCCUGCCUGAAUAAAUUUUUAUUUUUAUUUUUUAUUUUUAUGAUCAGUGUCCGGACUGGUUUAGUAUCUCCCUUAAUUUUGAGAAUCACACAAAGUAUUCCUCUUUAGAUCAGACAAAU